AUGGAUAUGUACUAUAAUGAGGAUGAAGCAAAGGCAUUCCUGAAGAAUUAUGAACAAACUGCCCAGGUUUUGUGGAACAAGUUCAUAGAGGCCGCCUGGAACUAUGUCACCAACAUCACAAAGACAAAUCAGGAAGAGAUGCUGCACAAGGACAUGGAGAGGUCCAAGCACACCCUAUACUUUGGCACCCGAGCCCGCCUGUUUAAUUUCACCACGUUCCAGGACCUUGCCACAAAGCGCAUGCUCAGAAAGGUGCAGGACAUGGGCAAGGCGGCCCUGCCCGACGAAGAGCUCCGGGAGUACAACAAGCUCCUGGCCUACAUGGAGACCACAUACAGUAUGGCUGAGGUGUGUCUGGAUGAGGGACCCUGCCUUUACCUGGAACCUGACCUUGAAGAAGUGAUGGCCACCUCCCGGGACCAGAAAGAGCUGCUUUGGGCGUGGCAGGGUUGGAGGGAUGCUGUGGGCCGCCCACUCCGCAACAUCUUCGAGCGUUAUGUGCAACUCAGCAACAAGGCAGCGAUACUCAAUGGUUACACAGACAUGGGGGCCUUGUGGCGCACAAAGUACGACUCUGAGAAUGAGGCCAGCAGCCUGGAACACGACCUGGAGCGGCUCUUCAAGGAGCUUCAGCCACUCUACCUGAACCUGCACGCCUACGUGCGCCGCGCCCUACACCGCCACUACGGGCCGGAGAACAUCAACCUGAGGGGGCCCAUCCCUGCCCACCUCCUAGGGGACAUGUGGGCUCAGUCGUGGGUCAACAUCUUAGACCUGGUCUUGCCCUUCCCGGGGAAACCCCUGGAGGACAUUACGAAGACCAUGAAAGCCCAGAACUGGAAGCCUCAUAAAAUGUUUGAAGAGGCUGACAAAUUCUUCACCUCCCUGGGCUUACUGCCCACCCCUCCUGAGUUCUGGGCCAAGUCGAUGCUGGAGAAGCCAGUUGACGGACGAGAGGUGGUAUGCCACGCCUCUGCCUGGGACUUCUACAACAGCCGUGACUUCAGGAUAAAGAAGUGCACCGAGGUGACCAUAGAAGACCUGCUCUCCAUCUUCCACCAGAUGGGCCAUAUCCAGUACUUCAUGCAGUACAGAAACCUCUCUGUGAUCUUCCGCGCAGGCGCCAACCCAGCCUUUGACGAGGCCGUGGGGUCGGCGAUCACCCUCUCAGCCUCCUCCCACGAGCACCUGCUCAACAUAGGCCUACUUAGCUUCCAGUUCCAGGACUCAGAGGAUGAGGUCAAUUUCCUAAUGGGCAUCGCCCUGGAGAAGAUCGCCUUCAUCCCUUUUGGCUACCUGGUGGACCUGUACCGCUGGAAGAUCUUUGACGGCACCAUCCAAAAGGGUGUCUACAACCAGGAGUGGUGGAGACUCAGGUUACAGUACCAGGGCCUGUGUCCUCCCAUUCCUCGGUCAGAAGAGGACUUUGAUCCAGGGGCCAAGUACCACAUUUCUGCCAGCAUCCCCUACAUAAGGUACUUCCUCAGCUUGGUACUCCAGUUCCAGUUCCAUGAAGCCCUCUGCAAGGCCUCGGGCCACAUAGGUCCACUGCACCGAUGUAACAUCUACAGCUCUAAGAUGGCCGGAAAGCUCCUAGAGGAUGCUCUAAAGUUGGGCUCAAGCAAGCCCUGGCCAGAGGUCCUCAAGACGCUGACCGGAGAGUCCCAGAUGUCAACAAAGGCCCUCGUGACCUACUUCCAGCCCUUGAUGAACUGGCUGGUUGCUGAGAAUGUGCGGCAGGGGGAGACCCUGGGUUGGCCAGAAUUCAACUGUUACUUUAAAGAGAAGGACACGGUGCCAUUUUUGGGUCUGGAGCUGGACAGUGACCAGGCCAAGAUGGGUCAAUGGGUGCUGCUGGUGCUGAGCCUUGUCAUGGUCCUCAUGGUCCUGUUGCUGAGCCAAAGGCUAUAUACCCUAUAUAAAAAAUCAACAGCUGAGGACACUGAGGCCUACUUCCUGGGCAUGGCCAUGGAGCCCCACCAGGCUGCCCAGGGUCAGUGUAUACUGUUAGGCCUCUGUAUCCUCCUAUUGGUGUGCUCAAUCAGCCUGGCCAUCAAGAUUUUCAUACAGCACAACGAGAAGCCUCCAUGGAUGACAUCUGAGUGGUGGGGCCUGAACUAG